AUGAAUCGUUUGUGGUUUUUGGUGCCUCCCAGCCAAAACAGACUAUCACCAGUUCUUAGAGUUACUUGUCCAAGACGCCUGGUUUCGUCGUCUGCUGGUCAAGAUAACAAUUUGUCUCUUUGGGUAUCCCAACCGCCAAACACAAAGCUGUCUGGUGCCGAGAGCCGAAAACUCUAUCGCACGUUUUUGAGGGCAGGAUCAAAAGCCGUGGUUGGGACUAACCGACAAAGAAAGCAAAUCUGGCAAUGGACACGUACAAAAUUCGAUAAAAAUUUGACCGAAACCGAUCCAGAAAAGCUUGGCGAUCUUUGGAUAAGAUCUCAAAACACAUUAGCCUUUCUCAAGAUUGCCUCUCAACGUAAAGGGCUGGAACACAAGAUUGUUCGUAAUCUGUGUGAUUUUCAAUUUUACCAAAAUCGCUUUAAUGAACGACCAAAUAUUCUUCGAAGAAAUAUACCAAGUGAUAUAAGCUAUAUGCAUGCCCACUGUAUGGAUGAUUUAGACCUUGUCAUUGAGAUGCUCAAUCAGGAAUUGGAUCUAUGUCUAUAA